AUGUCGCUCCUACGAAGCCCUCGGCACCAUGCUGACAGUCGGCCAGACUUUCUCAGGCUGUCGCGCGCCGGCAUCGACGACUCGAUCGGCCAGAACCUCAACGCCCUCGUGACGCCCUCCCGGGCAGGCUUCGACCCUGCGUCCACGUCACAACGGACACCGAGAUCGUUCGCCCGACAGAUCGACCCACACUCAUGCCACCGGUUCAAGGAGCAGGUCCUCUUCCCGUCGUGGCAGGCGAGGGCCGAGGUGCUGCAUUACUGCGGUGUCGUUGCGAUGUCGCCCGAUCCCGACGAUCCCGAGACCAUGCUCCGACAGGUCGAGGCUGCGAAGAACCAGGAGCGUGUCGUUGACGAGCGCUUGGACCCCUACUCGGGACGCUUCUUCCCGCGGGAGCCCCGGACGGAGAAGCUGGCGCUCCUCAUCCGGCAGGAGAAGGGCGUCGAGAACAUUGUCCGCACGAGGAGCUGGGAGAUGGUCAAGCAGCGCUGCGGGGAGUCUGUCGACACGUGGGAGGAGGCCUUUACUACGUGGAAAACGAGGCUGCCCAGUGAGAGCACAGAGGCCCAUCUGCGGUGA